UUCAGUAUGCAGAUUAUAAACUCAGCGCGCAGUCAAAAGGCAGCUCCUUGUUAUACAACUGAACUAGGGAAUUCGAUGGAAAAAUUUAAUAAAUAUUUGGACUCGAACUUAUUAAAAUGUUUCCCACAAACGUACGAUGCUAAUGGUGCUACCGUUGCUACAGCAGUCAAAAAUGCAGUUUCAAUAUCAACGGAUGCUACCACCCCCUUACGGCAAAUUGAUGGACAAACUAGUCACGUUGCAACGCCCAGCCCUCUCGAGCAAUACCGUUUGCAACUCUAUAACUACGCGUUAAAUAUAGAUCGUUUGCGUUGUACCCAACAUAAUACGACAGCGGCUUAUGCGAGUAGCGCUGUGCCCGGUUUGCAUUUAGUUAUAAAUGGUGAAAACAACCGUAACUUUGGCUCCAUAGAUAUGAAGAUGGAAAGUAAUUAUACCUGCCCUAGCAUAAGCAGUGUUAGGCCAUAUGUACCAGUGGCGUUGGCGCAUGGCAACCGUUUGGAUCUGUCAAUGUCACUAUUCCCGCAGCGCAUGUUUCGUACGGAGGAGCCAAAACCACAGUACAGCUAUAUAGGGCUCAUAGCCAUGGCAAUACUAAGUUCGGCCGAAACCAAACUCGUUUUGUCCGAAAUAUAUCAACAUAUACUAGAUAACUAUCCUUAUUUUCGUGCACGCGGUCCAGGUUGGCGCAAUUCUAUAAGACACAACCUCUCUUUAAAUGAUUGCUUCAUUAAAUCGGGACGUAGCGCAAAUGGUAAAGGCCAUUACUGGGCCAUACACCCAGCAAAUAUCGAUGAUUUUCGUAGAGGUGAUUUCCGGCGGCGUAAGGCACAACGCAAGGUACGCAAACAUAUGGGUCUAUCCAUAGAUGAUGCUAGCACCGACUCGCCCAGUCCGCCGCCACUCGAUCUGACGUCCACGCAAUUAACGUCAACACGUUUGCUGCGCAUAGCACCGCCUGGCAACAGUUUAACGGCAACACAGGAUUUUCGCACACCCAAUGCGCUUGCCUUUAGUUGUUUGCAUCCAUUACUGCAAAUGCCGUCGUCGUUUUCUUUGCAGCAAGCGCAGCAGCAGAUACAAGACAGUUAUUUUGGGACGGCUAUAAUGGAACAGUACACUUGCAUGCCAUCAGCGCCGGCCUACAACAACGGCUAUUCUGCUAGUUUACAACAAGAAUAUUAUAAAUUUUGUAACAAUGCGCAGGUGGAUAAUAUUCGGCCGAAUGAUAACAUAAUGCCGUUAUGCGCUGAACAAUCGCUGAGUGAUAAUCACAAAAACUCAAAACAUGCUCUAUACAAUGGCACAGCACUAUCGACUGUUGCGCCAAACGCACUUCGAGAUACAAAAACUAAUUAUUAUACGCACAUGCAUAAGCGGCAAUUCGAUGUGGCGUCGCUCUUGGCGCCCGACAGAAAACUUUUCGCGACUACGCUAAGAGAUAAGGAACAGCAUAUACCGACUUUUGAUGCAUUGGAGCACACACAAAUUUUAAAGAAAAACCUAGAAGAACAUGGCAACCAUGAGCCACAAGUAACGCAUGCCACGCAUAAAAGCUUGUACACACUGCCUGUUACGCAAGCACACAAAUUAACGCCACUGACGGACGCGUACGAGUGUGAGCCGGAACAGGAUGAAAUCGACGUGGUGGCCAAUGAUAUUGAUGAGCGUAGUAAGGAGUCAUUUUCCUGCAACGCAGACAACACAAAUGAGGAGGAGCAGCAACAGCAAGUAUUUGGCGCGAUCGCCAAUAAUGUAACACAAAUUUAUGAUAAUUCCGAUAACGAAAAUAAUACGCCACAUAGACGCGGCAAUGCAAUGCACCAUCAUCCCAGUGCGGUUAUAGAAUGGCGCAUGGUGCAACAACAACCCUUAUCAGUGGAAAAAUUAAUCAAAAAGUUUGGCGCCGGUAAUGCGUGCAAUACAACAAGUAAUACAAUCGGUUUCGAGGAUUGCUAUGCUACAAAAAUUACCGCUACAACCACAGUGAAUCCCAUGUUAAAUUCAAAAUCUAUGACUUUGGAAGAAGGAAGGGAAUUGGGACACAGCAACUGCAAGAAACAAAUUGAAUUAUGUGAGCAUGAACCGAACGCAAUAACAAUAAAUGCCGCUGGACAUAAGAGUCUACAUGUGCGACGCAUAAUACAGCAUUUACAACAGCAGCAACAACAGAAUCAAGAAACACUGAAAGAAGCGGCCGACGAUAAAGAAUCAGCGCUUAGCCGUCAUUAUAGCACUUACAUCACGGCGGCUGCCACACGACAUAUAGGCCCCAUGCAACUGAAACAAAUCCAAUGUCAACAGCAAAAAUGUGACAUUAUCAGUAAGCGUCGGUAAGGGUUAGCAUAAAUAUGAAAUGUAUUGUAAAUUAGACCAUUAUUACUAGACUUUAUUUUGUUGUUCAAAUUGAUUUGAUUAAUGCCGGUUUUCUGCUUGUCUCACGUCGCUAAUUGCAAUCGUGAAUUAGUGACACUGUUAGCCAGAUUUUGGUUUGCAGCCAGCUAGAGGCUCAAAAAUAUUCAACUUCAAAUAAUAGUGGGGUGAAAAGAAAUGAAAGCAAUCAGCUGUUUAGUUUAGGCUGAUUAACGAUGAGUGCAAGUACACAAUCGUUAUUUGUGUAUUGAUUGCAUGCAAUUAGAUUUUUUUCAACAAAAUUUCAGCAACAGAAUUUUUUUGUUAAUUGGUUAGUAUAAUUAUUGAAAAAUAGUACUGAAA